AUGAAAGACCGGACGUCAUAUCCCAAAUAUAAAAAUUUGAACACACCAUUAGAAGAUCUUGAGAGUUCAGCAAUGCAUAUUCUUUCUAGAGCGAAUACAUUUAAAUGUUUUUAUUUAGAAUGGACUAAUAUUGAUAGUAUGGAUGAUGGACGAAAUUCUCACACGGCAUCCAUUUUAACCGAUGGAAAAGUGUUAAUUACUGGCGGCCUUAAUCGUGGUGCUCUAAGUAGUGCUGAGUUGUAUGAUCCAUUAACAGGAACUUGGGCAACUACGUCUAGUAUGAAUUAUACACGCCAUAUGCACACAGCGUCUAUAUUGACAAAUGGAAAAGUAUUAGUUACUGGUGGAAACGAUGGUGAAAAUAAUGCUCUAAAUAGUACUGAAUUGUAUAAUCCAUCAACAGGAACUUGGACCGCUGCUGGCGAUAUGAAUAAUGGACGAAUAGAUCACACAGCAUCCAUUUUAGAAAAUGGAAAAGUAUUAGUUACUGGUGGAAAAAAUGGAAAUGAUUAUCUAAAUAGUGCCGAAUUGUAUGAUCCAUCAACAGAAACUUGGACAACUACUAGUAGUAUGGAUAAUGCUCGCGUACAACACACAGCAACCAUAUUAACAAAUAGAAAAGUAUUAGUUACUGGUGGAAAUAAUAUUUAUGCUUUAAGUAGUGCUGAGUUAUAUGAUCCAUCUACAGGAACUUGGACAAAUACUGGUAGUAUGAAUGAUGCGCGAUAUUCUCAUACAGCAUCCAUAUUAAAAAAUGGAAAAGUGUUAGUUACUGGCGGCCUUAAUCGUGGUGCUCUAAGUAGUGCUGAGUUGUAUGAUCCAUUAACAGGAACUUGGACAACUACGGAUAGCAUGAAUUAUACACGAUGGAGCUCCAAAGCAUCGGUAUUAACAAAUGGAAAAGUGUUAAUUACUGGUGGACAUAAUAAUCGUGCUUUAAGUAGUGCCGAAUUGUACGAUCCUUCAACACAAACUUGGACGAUUAUUAAUAGUAUGAAUGAUGCACGAUAUUUUCAUACAGCAUCUGUCUUAAAGAAUAAAAAAGUGUUAGUUACUGGUGGAAGGAACCUUGGUACGGCUUUAAACACUGCAGAACUAUAUUCAUGA